UUUCGCCCGCGACUUGUUAACGUGUGCUGCUAAUUGGAAUUAACCAUUAGCCACGUCGUCGGCGGAUUCAUUAGCAACCCUUUAAAUGUGCAGCGGCAUCAAUCAGUGUCAUGCAGUUGUCCCUCGGCCAUCGUGAUGGAUUGCCCAAUGUGGAUCCUGAGCGGCGUUUGCCUGAUUACCCUGGUCAGUGGCGCAACGGUAAUUGAAUUACUGGCUGGGAUCAAGAUGGAGUCGGACUGUCAGUACGUGCUGGUCAUGAAAAAUAGGAACUACAGUCUAUCAGAUCAAACAUGGAAUGACAGUGUGUUGGUCAAGGAUAUUAUGGAAAAAGUACAAGUUCCUGUUCUUCAGUUAAAUGAAAAUGUGUCCUACUUUUUGCAUAAUAGCAUUAGUAGACAUCUUGUUUCCUUGGUGUUUAUAAGUAAUGGAAAUCUGCAUGAGCAUGGAGGUCUAAUUCAAGCUCUGGUAGCAAAUCUCAGGCAUAUGACCACUUCUAGAGUGAUUUUUCUUAUGCAAACGGCGGUGUCGACUGAAGUUCUCUAUGAACUAUUUAGGGAUUGCUGGCGGAAGAAGCUAUUGAAUGUGAUGGUUAUCUUUGAGGAUUUCGAGACAACUUCAACCUUCUAUAGCUACUCACAUUUUCCCAUUCUACAAAUAGAAGAGCGCAUCUAUGAGGAAAGCCAGCAAACUUCACUGAUUUUUCCCGAUCGUCUGAGGAAUUUCCAUGGCUACCAAAUGCCCGUGAUUGUUGCAGGAACUGCACCGCGUAUUAUAGCCUAUCGGAAUAAAAAGGGUAAUGUGGUCUAUGAGGGCACUGUGGGUCAUUUCAUGAUGGCCUUUCAACAAAAGUACAAUGUGAAAUUUAUACAGCCCCUGCAGCCCAAAAAUCCUUUGCAUUUUCUUCCUUCGAUGCAAACAGUUCCUGCAGUGCGAAAUGAAACAGUGGAAAUAUCAAUAUCCCUGACUUUUCCAACGAUACCACCAUUCGGUUUUAGUUAUCCUUACGAACAGAUGAACUGGUGCCUCAUGUUGCCGGUGGAGGCUGAUGUGCCACCUUUUGAGUUUUAUACGAGGGUUUUUGAACUGGCUGCUUUUCUGUUGACUUUGGGAACUCUUGUGAUGAUAUCCUUCCUCCUGGCCAGUACUUUGCGACUUCAUGGUUAUCCAACAAACAUCAGUGAGUUCCUACUCCAUGACAGCUGCUUGAGAGGAGUUCUAGGGCAAUCCUUCGUGGAAGUGUUCAAAGCUCCCACUCUAGUGAGAGGUAUUUACCUGGAGAUUUGCUUACUGGGCAUCCUGAUCACUGCCUGGUAUAACUCCUAUUUCUCCAGCUAUGUGACCACCGCACCCAAGGAACCAGCAUUCAGAACUUAUGAUGAUAUUUUGGCCUCUAAACUUAAGGUAGUAGCUUGGAAGCCGGAAUAUGCAGAGCUAGUUGGACGUCUCCUAGAGUUUCGGAAGUAUGAGAAAAUGUUUCUAGUGGAACCUGACUUUAAUCGGUAUCUGGAACGUCGGGACACGAUGGACAUACGAUAUGGCUAUAUGAUAACCACCAAUCGGUGGGUUUUGAUCAAGGAACAGCAAAAGGUAUUCUCACGACCACUUUUCCAGAAACGCGAUGACUUUUGCUUUUUCAACAAUAUACCUUUUGGAUUUCCCAUACAUGAAAACUCAGUUUUUAUGGAACCAGUCCUAAAGCUAAUCAUGGAGUUGGCCGAAACAGGAUUAACAUUUCAUUGGAUGGCCACGGGAUUCUCGGAGCUUAUAGAAGCCGGAGAGAUGCACUUCGUGGACUUGAGUCCUCAUCGGGAGUUUAGAGCUAUGCAAAUUCAGGAUCUUCAGUAUGUUUGGUAUGGCUUCGCCUUCAUGGUGGUAUUCUCUUCCCUCGUUUGGCUACUGGAAAUCCUAACCCAUAGGCUGAAAUCUUCAACCAUUUUCUCACGACCUUUAAUGUUUCGAAAGCGAAAAUAAAAGAGCACCGCGCCAAGCUUGUUUAUUGAUUUUAUGAGCGUAAAAUUAUAGUUAAAGAUACUAAACAUAAAUUGAUUUCGGUUUAGUUGCUGUAGAGGGUUAGCUCCCUAAACAAAAGGGAACCUUCGCUAUAUUUUUGUUUUAAUGACUACACCACAGAGUGCCAGCUGGUUUAUGGUUAUUUGUGUAGCCAUCAAAUAUGACUUUCCUUUCGUUGAGCUUACCCCACUCGGGGAUCGGAUGUUCCCGAUUUCCAUUGUGCAAAUAUUUGCACAGCAGCUCCAAAGACGGCUCAAAGUUCAACAUCAAAAGCAAUUAAGACGCGUGCUUGCCGCAGUGGCAGCUGAACACUGAACAGUGAACACUGAAACACUGAAUACCCAGUGUUUGAGCUCCCCCAAAGGUGCGCUGAUGUUAGCCACCUGUGCGACGGCAACUGGCGCCUCUUGAAAUUCCCUAAUCGACAUGUUUCGAUCUCAAACGACGUGGCCGGCAGUGGAGGCAUCACCAUCAGCGGUACA